CAAUAAUCUUUGUCUGCUCCGCGCAUCAUGCCGACGGGGCUAGCUACAAAGCAGCUAGUUAGCUAGUGGCUAGAGUCUUUGCUAUCACACAAAAACAAGUAUAUGUGGAGAUUUAUGUUUUAAGGCGAAACGGCAUGGACACAGCCUCCCGUCCUAUUAAAGGCAGCAUCUUUGGAGGAUGAGUGCUCCACCUCCUUCAGCUGUGUAGAGAUGACCUGCCACCCUUUUGGGAAUGGUCAGAAUGGGGCCAGAUGUGCCCCUUCUUAAUGAGUACAAGCAGGAGUUCUUCUGGAAGCGCUUCCCCCAGACUGUAUUGGGUGGUCCACGCUUUAAGUUGGGCUACUGUGCCCCACCGUAUGUGUAUGUCAACCAGGCUGUCCUGUUCCUAGCGCCAUGGCUGUUCGGAGGCAUCAGUACUCUGCUUUGCCAGCUGCAGCUGCUUCCGGAGCUCCAUGCUGCAGUUCUGUCUGGACUACUCAUGUUUGGGGUGGCAGCGGGUGUCCAGGCCCUGGCAUUAUAUGCUGUUCGUAGGAAUGCCACUGUGGAGAGACUGGGGGUUAACAACAUCUUGACUGAUGAAGAGGAGGUGGAGUUCACCCACUGUGUCAGCCCUGACACUGUGCACUUCAUUGCCCCUGGAAAGAGGUUUGGCCUAAAUAUUGUGCUGCAUACAGUUCUUGCAGGGGUGCUGUGUGGAUUUGGCACAUGGUAUAUGUUUCUCAGUCGACUCACCACUCUGUACAACAGCAUAGGAGCAUCCCUGGUUAUCUUUGUUCUCAGUUGGGUGACUCUGUGUAUUGCUGAGUAUUCCCUCAUCGUUAACACAGCCACAGAGACUGCCACCUUCCAGGCACAGGACACCUAUGAGAUUACCCCACUUACCCGGCCCGUGUACAUAUUCAUCUUUAUCUCUGUGGAUCUGGUUGAAAGGUUUUCUGGAACUGUUCCGGAGCUCCAUCUGGCCAGCCAGAUUCUGCAUGUGCUGUUCCUCUUUCUACCUCUUCUGUGGGCACUGGGAAUGCUGCCCCCGCUGGAUGCCCUGCUCCUUUGGGCCAUGGAGCAGAUUCUUGUCUUUGGUUUAGGCGGCUCCCCCAUGUCCAGCAACCUCAGGUUGCUGUUGAUGUUUUGUGUGUCCUCUGGAGUAGCUGUAUGUAAUUACUUCAUUCCCUCAACAACGGCUCUGCUUCUCUUCUCGGUCUCUAUGGGUUUUCUGUUGAGCUUGGAUCUCAGCCAAACAAGAAUAUUUUGUAAAGGUUCCUCAGAGGCUUUCAGAGAUCAGUUAUCUCGAGGGGGGUCCCCAGCACCUCCACCUCCUCCCAGGUCUUUUGGAUGGACUCUUGGCUGCAGGGAGAUACUACUGUACAUUACCCUGAUGUUGGUGGCAGGGGUUGAGGCUGGCUUGCUGCAUCACUUCCUGGGCAAAGUGCAGUCUCUGAGCUUUGUCAGUGGACCCCAGACCCUUGUGGGGUAUGUUCUCCUUGUUGUCUUCUGCCUUAGCUGGGUGCUCAGAGAGGUUCAGGGGGCAUAUGUGUUUGGAGGAUUUUUCCUCAACCCAUUUUACCCCAAAGGGAUGUCCAAUAUACAGACCUUUAAGCAGCGCAACAAGGGACUUCAUAUGGCUGCAGCACUCAGAAGAGUCCUUAUCAGUCUUGUGUCACCUUUGGCAAUGAUAGCUUUUCUAGCCAUGGAUCAAUCUCUUCUACAGCUGCAUAAGGCUUCACAUUCCAUUGGGCUGACACGAGCUUUCAGAGUGGUGUGGCAAAGCACAGAGGAGGGUCUGUUACACAUGGUUGUAGUUAUUUUGUUGCGGCUCAUAGCUGGUGACAAAGUGCUGCAGGGAUGGGACAGCCUUGGAACAGGCAUUCAGCUUCUGCUUGUUGGUCUUGUGGUCGACAGACUGAGCCAGUUUCUCUACAAACUGAAGUUCAGUGUGACCGUUCUGGUCACAUCAUGGACUGAAAAGAAGCAGCGGAGACAGUCCGCUGGCACACUUUUGGCUCUGAAUGCUUCACUGUGGCCACUGCUACUGGCUGUGGUGACCCUCUCAGCCCUUCUGUCAGCCCCUCUGCUGCCCCUCUUCACUCUGCCCAUCUUCCUGGUGGGAUUUCCUCGGCCACAGCGCAGUUGGCCUGGGCCUGUGGGCACAGCCUGUCCCUGUCCUGACUCAGUCUUUUACCAGCAGAUGAGUGAAAGCUUGGCUUCUGCUCUGAGGAUGGCUUUCGCAAGAGGAUCACUGGGUUCCUUGGCCCCAGGGUCUCAUUUUCUUGGCCGCUUUCAGGACCGCAUGGUUUGGAUUAUGAUUCUGGAGCGGGGAUAUGGAUACUGUACAGUUAACAUAAAGGGUCUUGAGCUGCAGGAGACCUCAUGUCACACAGUGGAGGCUCGCAGAGUAGAUGAGGUGUUUGAAACGGCCUUUGAGCGUCCGGAACAUUUGGGGUUGACUCAAGGCUUCAAUCUGCACUGGGGAAACGCCCUCACGCCAUGUGCCGCAUUGACUGUCCGGGUUUAUUCUGAUGCUAGGAAUGUUCUCUCUGGGAUCAUUGAUUCUCAUGACAAUCUGAGGAAACUCCAGAAUGACUUUCUCAAAGCUUUGGUAUGGCUGCUGCUGCGUUACUGCGUUCAGAAGCACAAAGGUUUUUACUGGAGCUGUGAUGAUGGCUCAGGUAUGGGAGGCAGGAGGUCUCAGUCCUCCCAGCUGGCCCACACCACCUGUGUGCAGCCAGCUGAACCUGCCCUCCAGUCCAACAUGUCUUCUUUGAAGUUCAGGCAGGACAGCUCCAGCAUGACUUCGUUUGGGGAGUGGUCUGAUGAGGAUGACUUGUUUGGGCCUCAGACAGCCAAGCGCACUGUGGCUCUGGUGACAGCUGAAGCCCACUGUGGGUCUGCAGCACUGCAGCCAGGAGCCUCUCUGCCUGGCUCUGUGGAAAUGGACAGUUUAUUUGAAAACAUGGCUCUGUCUGCACUGCAGCCACUGCAGCCUCUGGGACUGGGCAUCGGGCUGCCUGCUGCAGACAGAGGACCACACUCUGAGGUCUUUGGAGAGAGACUUGGCUCUCUGCCUCCUCUGAACUUCAGCUGCCCACAGUCUGAGGUCUUUAACCUGCCAAGUGGCUGGAGAACAGCUCCUUUACUGCCCUCUCGCCUCCUCCAGCUCAAGCCUCUGUUUCCAGAGGACUGGUUCCGGUUUGCACUUGGCCGCUUUGGGCCUACAGUUCAAAGUGACACCACAGAAGAUAUGACCAAAGCUCUGAAAGAGGACGAGGCACUAAAGGAACUGCAUUGUCAUGUCACCAUGUCCUGUCUGGUUUCUCUGGGGGCCGAAUCAGCCUUCACCAGCCCCAGUUAUGUCUAUAGAUUAUACUGUGGAGAUAUACCCUGGACAGACUCCUUGGAUUGGCUUUCAUCCUGUAAAGAGCUCUACCAGAUUGCACUACAAGCUUUCAGGUUCAGUUUUAAGUUGCUGUUUGAUCAAGCCAGCCUUGGGCCUAUGGAGUCCGCAGAAGAAUUGUUCAGCGCCUUGGAGGAAUACGAGCGGGACUGGUACAUUGGAUUGGUUUCAGAAAAGGGCUGGCAUGACAGCGUUCUGAGAGAGAAGCCAUUCCUGUUCUCACUGGGACAUGACCUAACAAUGGGCACAUACACAGGACGUGUCUUGUCCCUCCAAGAGCAGCUCAUGCAGGUAGGCCGUCUGAAUGGGGAGGGAGUUCGAGGACAGUGGGCCAAUCUGUCCUGGGAGUUACUGUAUGCCACUAAUGAUGACGAAGAGCGCUACAGCAUACAGGCUCACCCCUUCCUACUUCGGAACCUGACAGUGCAGGCAGCAGACCCUCCUCUAGGAUACCCCAUUUAUUCCUCUGUCCCACUACAUUUCCCCAGCCUCUGACCCAUAAGGUACAGUUGAAUGUGAGGAAAACUUCUGUUUGCAACAGACUCGAGACUCAGAAGUGAUGUGGCAUUACACAAUUGAACAGACUUUAUGAAUACUUAAAAGAACACUUUAAAGGUUAGCAUUUUAAUGUUGAGAAAUUUGCUUAAAUUAAUGACAUUUGCCCACCUUCAUUGGAAGACAAGGGCUUAAUACCUCCCAUUUACUGUACAUUUUUACAUUUUCCAAAGGGUCUAUUUGUGCCUUUUAAUAUAUCCUGAUGUAUGUGUAAUGUGUUUGUGCUGAAAUUCUGUUUACAAUACACUUGUUUACAAUUUAGGAUCUGUUUUAAGUGUUUUGUCCACAGUCCUUUAUUGUAUUUUUAUAGGUAUAAUUGUUGUAUUUUUAUAUGUACUAUAAUAAAUGACCUGGCAAUGUC